CGCUUAUUCGCUCAUUCAUUCAGUCGCUCGCGUUCCGCCGGUUGUCGUAGUCGUCUGUAGAGCGGUCACUACGGGAUCACCGGUAUUUUCAGUGUCACAAUAAUUGAUCUAAUUCACAAUCCAGCACAUUUGUUGUUAUUUGAUAACAUUUGUGUGUGAAAGUGAGAGCGUUAAGUUGUGUUGUAGGCGGGACAGUUCAUUAAAUUUACCGAACGUACUUUGAGGUAUGGAGUGGGAAGGGCCGCCCAAGCAAGGCUUGUACGACCCACAGAACGAGCACGAGGCUUGCGGUGUUGGUUUUGUAGUUGCUAUCGACGGAAAACGUACCCAUAAAAUCGUCCGAGAUGCAGAGACGCUCGCAAAGCGCAUGGAGCACCGUGGCGCGUGCGCAUGCGACAACGACACCGGUGACGGCGCGGGAGUGCUAACUGCUAUACCGCAUCAGUUCUACUGUGCUCAGCUCAGAGACACUCACCAGAUCGACUUGCCGCCCUUCGGCAGAUAUGCCACUGGAAUCUUCUUCCUCGACAAGCUGCAUCAUCAGGACAUCGAGAAGAAGUUCGGUGAACUGGCCGAGAGCCUUGGACUGACUGUACUAUGCUGGCGUACCGUCCCCACCAACAACUCCACCAUUGGUCAAGUGGCUCGUAAUUCGGAGCCAUUUAUGCGUCAAGUGUUUGUUACCGGAGAUACCGACGACGAACAGCUAGCCAGACAGAUAUUCGUGCUCCGCAAGCGUGCCUCUCAUGAGCUGGUGGUGCCUGGAGCCAGGUUCUACAUCUGCAGUCUUGCGCUCAAGACUGUUGUGUACAAGGGACUGUUGACCUCGCAGCAACUAUGGGAGUACUUCAAGGAUUUGAGCAACCCAGCGUUCACUACCUAUUUGGCGCUGGUACACACCAGAUUCUCCACCAAUACUUUCCCAAGCUGGGAGAGGGCACAUCCAUUGAGAGUCCUCGCUCACAAUGGAGAGAUCAAUACGUUGCGAGGUAACGUAAACCUCAUGAAAGCUCGCGAGGGUGUGAUGAAGAGCGAGAUUUUUGGCGAUGACCUCAAAAAGCUCUACCCAGUCGUGGAGCCAAACCUUUCCGACUCCGGUUCAGCAGACUGUGUCCUCGAGUUCCUCCUCCAUGCUGGCCAGCGGUCCCUGCCAGAAGCUGUAAUGACCAUGGUGCCUGAAGCGUGGCAGAAUGACGUCACCAUGCCUAAGGAGAAGAGGGACUAUUACCAGUGGGCCUCGUCCUGUAUGGAGCCUUGGGAUGGACCUGCUCUUGUGUCUUUUACUGAUGGACGGUAUAUCGGUGCCAUUUUGGACAGAAACGGCCUGCGACCCUCUCGCUUCUACGUGACGAGUGAGAAUGUGCUGGUCAUGGCUUCCGAAGUCGGAGUCUACGAUGUGGACCCGGACAAAGUCAUACUAAAGAGUCGUCUAAAACCCGGCCGUAUGUUGUUGGUCGACACCGUUGAGAAGAAAGUGGUACAGGACGCUGAACUCAAGAUGGAGAUCGCACGCAGCCGACCUCACUCCGAAUGGCUUAAAGACAAGAUAACAAUGGAAGACAUCCACAAAUCGGUGGCCUCAGACAACGGUACCGUAGUAUCGAAUGGUACGAACGGUCACACCAACGGAGUGAUCACGGGCCUCGCGGACAAGAGGCUCGGCUUGUUCGGGUACACUAUCGAGUCCAUCAACAUGUUGCUACUGCCUAUGAUACAGAACAAAAAAGAGGCUCUGGGCAGCAUGGGUAACGAUGCCCCACUGGCUUGCUUAUCACAGUUCCAGCCAUUACCAUAUGAGUACUUCAAGCAACUGUUUGCUCAAGUCACCAACCCACCUAUUGAUCCGUUCAGGGAGAAGAUAGUAAUGUCCCUGCUGUGCCCCAUCGGGCCGGCGCCCAACAUCCUGCAGCCCAGCGCGGAGUUCGUGCACCGCCUGUUCCUGCCGCAGCCCAUACUGUCGCUGCCCGACCUGCACGCUCUCAAGCAUACCACGCAUCGAGGCUGGAAGACCAAAGUAAUAGACUGCACGUUCGAGUACUCGGAGGGUCCGACAGGACUAGAGCCAGCGCUGACCCGCAUCGCGGGCGACGCGCACGCCGCGGCCGCCAGCGGGUACCAACUGCUGGUACUCACCGACCGCCCCGCCGGGCCCACCAGGGUUCCUGUUAGCACGCUGCUCGCUCUAGGAGCUGUCCACCACCACUUGAUUGAGACCCGUCAACGUAUGAAAGUCGGCAUCAUACUGGAGACUGCUGAGGCGAGAGAGGUUCAUCACAUGUGUGUACUGCUGGGUUACGGUGCAGACGCGAUCUGUCCCUACCUCGCCUUCGAGUUAGCAUUUUCUCUUCGCAACGACCAUAUUCUGGACCCUAAUCUAACUGACGAGGAUAUUUACAAGGCUUAUCAAGGUGCCAUUGAGACUGGUCUGGCUAAAGUCAUGGCUAAGAUGGGCAUUAGUACUCUACAGUCAUACAAGAGUGCUCAAAUCUUUGAGGCGGUUGGUCUAUGUGAGGAGGUCAUCGAUAAAUGCUUUAGAGGCACCCAGUCUAGGAUUGGUGGAGUGAACUUCGAGAUUCUAUCAAAGGAAAUAUUCGAUAGACAUGCAUUGACUUACGGAGAUGUUCAGGAUGCACUCGUUUUGAGGAACCCUGGUAACUACCACUGGCGUGCGGGUGGUGAGAAACACAUCAACGACCCGAUGUCUAUCGCCAACUUGCAAGAAGCUGCGCUCAACAAGAGCUCCUCUGCUUACGAUAAAUACAGGGAAAGUGCUUUGGAGUCAAUCAGAGCGUGUACUCUGCGAGGUCAACUGGAGCUUGUGAAACUAGACGAGCCCAUUCCAUUGAGCGAAGUGGAACCUGCUUCUGAAAUCGUCAAGCGGUUUGCUACGGGUGCGAUGUCUUUCGGUUCCAUUUCUCUGGAAGCCCACACUACCUUGGCCAUAGCCAUGAACCGUAUCGGCGGUAAAUCCAACACCGGUGAGGGUGGAGAAAAUGCUGACAGAUAUCUUAACCAGGACCCCGAGUUCAACAAGCGCUCAGCCAUCAAGCAAGUAGCGUCGGGUCGGUUCGGAGUGACUGCGUCGUACCUGGCACACGCAGACGACUUGCAGAUCAAGAUGGCGCAGGGAGCCAAGCCUGGAGAAGGGGGAGAAUUACCUGGCUACAAAGUAACAGAAGACAUUGCAAAGACCCGUUGUUCAGUAGCGGGCGUGGGUCUGAUCUCCCCGCCUCCUCACCACGACAUCUACUCCAUCGAGGACCUGGCGGAGCUCAUCUACGACCUGAAGGCUGCCAACCCUCGAGCUAGGAUCUCUGUCAAACUUGUCUCGGAAGUCGGUGUUGGAGUUGUCGCUUCAGGAGUGGCUAAGGGUAAAGCCGAGCACAUAGUGAUCUCGGGCCACGACGGUGGUACGGGCGCCAGUUCCUGGACCGGCAUCAAGAGCGCCGGCCUGCCCUGGGAACUGGGCGUCGCUGAGACACAUCAAGUGCUCGUACUUAACGACUUGAGAUCUAGAGUGGUGGUACAAGCUGACGGUCAGAUCAGAACAGGCUUCGACGUGAUGGUCGCCGCACUACUCGGUGCUGACGAGUUCGGAUUCAGUACUGCACCACUUAUUGCAUUGGGUUGCACGAUGAUGAGGAAGUGUCACCUAAACACUUGUCCCGUGGGCAUAGCGACACAAGACCCUGUAUUGAGGAAGAAGUUCGCAGGGAAACCUGAACAUGUCGUCAACUACCUAUUUAUGCUUGCUGAAGAGGUACGCCAACACAUGGCAGAAGUGGGAGUCCGUCGUUUCCAGGACCUCAUCGGUCGCACCGACCUCCUCAAGGUGCGGGAGAACAAUGAGAACCCCAAGGCCAGGAUGCUGAAUCUCAGCCUUAUAUUGAAGAACGCGCUGCAUAUGAGACCCGGCGUCAAUAUUAUUGGAGGGUCUAAGUCACAGGACUUCCAACUAGAAAAGCGUUUGGACAACCAACUGAUAGAACAGUGCAGCAGUCUACUGGACGGCUCCGCCGACCAUGUCGACAUCAACAUGAAGAUUACUAACGAGGACCGCGCCUUCACUUCCACGCUGUCGUACCACAUCGCCAUGAAAUGGGGUGACGACGGUCUCCCAGACGGCAAGACGUUGAACAUCUCCCUGACUGGCUCCGCCGGACAGAGCUUCUGUGCAUUCCUGUCCAAGGGCAUCACCGUCACACUCGAGGGAGACGCUAACGACUAUGUCGGCAAGGGUCUGUCCGGUGGCAAGGUAAUCAUUUACCCACCGAAGGCGUCGCCGUUCGAGUCCCACUUGAACGUCAUUGUUGGCAAUGUCUGUCUAUACGGAGCUACAUCCGGACGGGCUUAUUUCAGAGGUAUAGCAUCGGAACGUUUCUGCGUCCGCAACAGUGGGUGCGUGGCGGUGGUGGAGGGCGUGGGCGACCACGGCUGCGAGUACAUGACGGCCGGCGUCGCGCUCAUACUCGGACUCACCGGCAGGAACUUUGCCGCCGGGAUGAGCGGAGGUAUCGCGUACGUGUACGACAUCGACGGCUCGUUCUCCGGCAAGUGCAACCACGAGAUGGUGGAACUGUUGCCGCUGGAGCUGCAGGAUGAUCUCGACUACGUGCAGCAACUCUUGAAGGAGUUCCACGAGUACACUGGCUCACUGAUCGCAGAAGAACUACUAAAAACAUGGCCGGAGCCUGCUAAGAAGUUCAUCAAGGUAUUCCCGUAUGAGUACCAGCGCGCACUAAAGACGUUAGCAGUGAAGCAGCCCAGCCAGCCCAAGGUGGAAGCCAAUGGAAAGGCCGAGAAUGGAGUGUUGGACAUUGAGGAGACUGUCAGAGAUGUGGAACUGGAGACCAAGAAUCUGGAGAAGAUUUUGGAUAAAACUCGCGGCUUCAUGAAGUACCCCCGCGAGACCACAAUGUACCGUCCAGCGGAGAAGCGCGUCCGCGACUGGGACGAGAUCUACAACAGUGGGCACGUCCGUCGCGGGCUGCGGCCGCAGGCGGCGCGCUGCAUGGAGUGCGGCGUGCCCUUCUGCCAGUCGCAGCACGGCUGCCCGCUCGGGAACAUCAUCCCCAAGUGGAACGACCUCGUCUUCCGCGGCGACUGGCGCCAGGCGCUCAGUCAGCUGCUGCAGACCAAUAACUUCCCAGAGUUCACGGGCCGCGUGUGCCCGGCGCCGUGCGAGGGCGCGUGCGUGCUGGGUAUAUCGGAGCCGCCCGUCACCAUCAAGAACAUCGAGUGCGCCAUCAUCGACCACGCAUUCGAGAGCGGAUGGGUGCAGCCUGAGAUCCCUACACACAGGAAUGGAAAGACAGUUGCUGUUGUAGGAUCAGGACCUGCGGGAUUGGCGUGCGCACAUCAAUUGAAUAAGGCGGGUUACACAGUGACAGUAUUCGAGCGCAACGACCGUCCCGGCGGCCUGCUGCAGUACGGCAUCCCCACCAUGAAGCUCAGCAAGGAGGUCGUCGCCAGGAGGAUCAAACUCAUGACCGCCGAGGGCAUCUCCUUCAAGUGCAACGUCGAUGUAGGACGGGACAUCUCUGCUAGUGAUCUGGCUAAUGAAUACAACGCCCUAGUCCUGUGCAUGGGUGCGACCUGGCCGCGCGACUUGCCUCUGAAGGGUCGUCAGCUGAACGGCAUCCACUUCGCGAUGGAGUUCCUGGAGAGCUGGCAGAAGAAACAAAUGGGAGCCACGCACCAUCACCAGAACAAGGACCAUCCGGAGCUGAACGCUAAGGACAAGGAUGUACUCGUCAUUGGAGGCGGUGAUACUGGAUGUGACUGCAUAGCGACCUCGUUGCGUCAGGGCGCCAAGAGUAUCACAACGUUCGAGAUCUUGCCGCAACCCAAACCCACUCGGGGACAGGAUAACCCCUGGCCGCAGUGGCCACGAGUAUUCAGAGUGGACUAUGGACACGAAGAAGUGAAACUGAAGUUCGGCAACGACCCGAGGAAGUUCUCCACACUUACCAAAGAGUUCUUGGAUGACGGCGAGGGCAACGUAUGCGGCGUGUCGGCCGUGGAGGUAGAAUGGACGCGCGGCGCCGGUGGCCGCUGGGAUAUGAAGGAGGUGCCCGGCACCAACAAGGUGUACAAGGCGGACCUCGUGCUGCUGGCCAUGGGCUUCCUCGGGCCCGAGCGAUAUGUCGCCAACCAGCUUGACCUUCCCCUGGAUGCUCGAAGCAACGUUGAAACGGAGAAAUCGAACAUUUACAAGACACCAGUCAGCAACGUCUUCGCUGCUGGAGACUGUCGUCGCGGACAAUCACUGGUAGUCUGGGCGAUAGCGGAAGGCAGACAGGCGGCUAGAGCAGUGGACACAUACCUCUCAGGCAAAUCCAGCCUGCCGGGGCCUGGCGGCGUCAUAUACGACCACUGAGCGAUACUACACACGCAGUGGUACCGUGUAUUAAUACUACUAUACACAAUGCACCAUAGGAGCAAGGAUCAACAUAUAUGGACAAAGACAUCUUUAACAACUGGAGCAUGUCAAAGACUGCGCAAAGGGGGAUAGGGGAGGUGUCAUCUACUCUUAGUCAUCGAAAAUGUAAAGGAUGGUACCACCCGCGCCUUGGUGCCAGUUUUAAUACAACAUAUUUCCGUCUCUAGGUAACAGUUCACAUAUUUAUUUAAGAUGUUGAACAACCCUUUUGUUCAACAUCUUAGGGGAGAAGGGGAAUGUAUCAGAAUCCCCCCGUAGUCAUCGACGAUAAAGUGCAUGAUACUAUCCAUCUUCCAUCUCUCGAUAAAUAACUCGCAUUUUUAUGAUUCAAUCCAAGAGUAGGAAUACAGGUGUCUUCCAUGUAUUUAGUUAGUCCGGGCAAACUAUAGGACAUUGUGUAUAACAGUUGAUUAGGCUAGCACAACGUUUUGUGACUGAAACGUCACUCAUUCGCGUCCCAUUUUGUGAUGAUUCGGCGGCUGAACAGAACAAGUAAUUAACACCUACAAGCGAUUUUUUACUUCAACCACUAUGAAGUAAGGUCCAUUUUCCCACAGUCGCCACAUAUCAGAACACAAAAUAUCUGCGUUUGUAGCAUUAGGGCGAGGUUAGGCCGCUAUAGACGCUUCGUUACCAGCGUUAAACAAAACUAGAUCUUAUAUUAACGUAGGAGAUUUGAAAAUUACAAUAUCAAUUUAAUCACAUCGUAUUAAAACUAUUUAUUUUAAAAAGUGCGACAAUAAUGUUUAGGCUGCAUUCUUGUAAUUAUUUGGAACAAUUGAGUUUUAUUUGCUUACCAAAAAUACAUGUAAUUGUUCAUAGUUUAAUGCAGUUUGUUUGAACAAAGUACCCCUACGUAUAAGUUGACGUACAUUACAUAAUUUGUCGAAUAUUAUUGUAGAUCUUAUCAAUACUAUAAGAUAAAACAUUAUAUAUUGUAAAACUGUUUGAUAUAGUCAUUUUAUGUGUAAUCACAUUCCGUUUUUUAGACUUUUUGGUCGAUAUUACGUUUUAGAGAGAAUUUUCAUUGAUUAUUAUUAUACAAAUCAUGCCAAAUAUCAUUUGGUUACGUAUAAAAUUUUCUUUAAAUUAAAAUAUACUUCAGUAAAAUGUGAUGUUUAUAAAAAUUAUUUUAAUUACUUCGAUAUCAAUGUGAACGGACAGUGAUCUCCAGUGUCAUAUGAAUUCGAUACAUUGUUGGUUAAAUUAUAGUAAAUAUAUCUGUUUUUAAUGUUAUUGUUUAGAUUGUACGACUUGUAGUCAGUAUUUUAUGUGAAAUGUAUCUUUUAUAACUUCAAACUUACGGUCUAACAAUGAAUCAAAUGGUUUUAAUUCUUAUUUUAUUGGGUCUGUUUCACAAUAACUAAUUUAGUUCCUAUUUGUCUAGAGGACAAAUAUAAUUUAACACAUUAGUAUGAGCUUGCUUUACGUUUAAAAUAAUCGAAACGAGAGUAUGUUCUGCGUUCUGAUUGGCCGGCGCGAAUAACCCCACCAAUCACAGCGCCUUUUGAUUACUUUGAACGUAAAUCAAACUCAUACUAAGGGUACUGAUGUACUUUUUUAACAAAAUGUGUUAAAUUGUAUAACAGUUUUAAAGCUAUAGUCAAGCCAUUACAAACUUGCAAACUGUCACGUCAAAAGUAUGUGACUAUCCCGUACAACUUACAUAAGUGUGAGUGAGAAAUCUGAUAAAAAUGACUUAUAACAGUUCACACAUUUAUAAUGGCCCGACUAUUACAAAUACUUAAUCAGAUAUUGUGUAACAGGACCUAGAGGUAGUUGCUCACAUAGAUGGAAUCAUGUAACAUACUUGUAUACUAGAAAUAACAGUAUAUGUCUAACUGCACUGGUUGAACUUAGAGCAUUUAUUUGAUACAAUCACCAUGUAUUUUCUAUUGAGAUUAAUUUUAUUUGUACAGUUUAAGACAUAACUUAUCGUUAACUAGAAUCAUAACUUCAGAAAAAGUAAAAAAAAAUCGAAUUAAGAUGUUAUUCAAACCUUCAAGAAAAGAGCAUACUCCUUUUUAAAAGGUUGGCAACGCACCUGUGGCUCCUCUGGUGUUGCGGGUAUCCAUGAGCGGCGCUGAUCGCUUACCAUCAGGUGACUCGUUCGCUCGUUUGCCACCUAUUCCAUAAAAAAAGAACCAACACUAUCAAUAACCUUAGAAAUUAUACUGAACUAAAGUUAUGAUUUUAGUUACAAUAUAAGCUAUAUUGUCUGAAAUUUACGAUUCUAUAACACAGAGAAUUAACAUAAUGUUACGUGUAGAAGUUCCUACGUAUUGUUAUAAGUUUAAAUGUCUCUUCAUCUAGAUAUUAGUUUAAUCAAGAAUCUAUUAUGAUAUAACCAAGUAUAUAUGGUAUACUUUAUUCACUGUUUAGUAUUGAUUUAUUCUGUAAAAAGCAUAACCAUAUUUUGUUACUCCCUUUAACUAACCAUCGUAGCGAUACGACUACAUUAAAUAAAUAUAUGAAAGAGCUAAUUAUCAUGUUUUUUGAAUAGAUAUAGGUGCUUAUGUAUUAGGCCCUAGCAACUUUGUACCUAAAACAAAACUAAUCUGUCCAUCUGAAGAGACAUUCAAUUAUGUGUCUAUGUCUAUACACUUUGUAAAAAAUGUAUUUUCAGUUGUAUAGUAACUAUGUAUAGUGCACUACUUUAAUGUAUAUGUUAUAUAGCCAAAACAAUGUAAAAAAGUAUAUAACUUCAUCCAAGUCAUCCAGGUUUCACAAAAUUAUUAAUUUUAAUAUAAUUUUACUACAUAUUAUUUAAUGUUCCUUUGUUAUUUUGAUUUAUUUGGAAUAAACAUUUUAUUUUGAUUUUA